GAUAUAAAACAGACUUCAAGAUGGCAGAUCAAGGAAUUUCUACACCACAGGAGGAUGGCAGAGCUACGACACCUACCACAAGGACGGACAUCUCCAUAUCAAAUGAAGAUCGGAUGAGGAUGCUCAUCGCGAAAUGCUACGAGGAGGGAAUCAUUCCGGGGAAGUUCCGGCAUGGUGAAUGGGUGGUAGAGGGUGGGAUUCGUCUCUUCAAAGUCAACCAAGGUCUGGAUACGCUUGUAACAGCUUGGCUCAAGGAGAGAACCGUGACGGUCAUCUUCCAAGGUGAAGCAAGAGACCUUCCGCUCAGAACUAGAGAAGAUCUGGUGCGGGCAUACGAGAAUGGCUGGUAUAGAGAGAGGAUUUUUGACAGAUCAGUAAAACGGGGAAGAAUUCAUGGAGAGGGACCAAACGUACUCUCAUAUGUAGCUAAGUCCAGGGAGGUGGCUCAGUGGAUGAUUGCGAAAGGGGAAGACAAGGUAACGAUUCGAGAGGUCGAGUACGGUAUGGUUUUUAAGCCUUGGCUGACCAAGGCGGAACUGGAGGAACGCAGGCGACUUGAGGAUGACUCCAAAUUCUGGGUGGUGGCACUGAGAGUGCCUCUUCGAGUAAUGUUCCAUGUGGAAAGCAUGGUGGAAACCGCGAUGGGUCGAGUAAUCAAGGCGAUUCCUCCGGAACCGGACAAAUCCAGACCAAAACUCAUGAACUUAAAAUUUGAAUUGGUACGUGAGGCAGAGGAGAGAUUCGAAGAGGAUUUGUCUAUUAAGCUGGACGACGGCGAAAUUUAUUACAUAAAAUUUGCCUGCAAGAACACCCCGUGGUGUGAUACUUGCCGUUGGUACUUCCACACGGCAACGGAGGGCUGUCCGAGACAAGGGGAAGUGCAACAAGAACAACAACCGAACAGUGGAGCCAGAGAGAACAACCUCGGAACAAGACGGGGAGGGGAUGGAGAUGGAACGCUAAAUAGAGGUAUCUGGGCAGCAGCAAGAGAGGUCCAUCCAAGCGCGAUUGGUCACUCUGAAUCAAGCUCCUCGUCUCAAGGCAACCAGAGUAGACCACUUGUACAGCAACCUCAGAACACUCUUAAUGCGGCGGCGGCAGUCAUACCACAACAACAACAGGGCACAUGGAUACAACAACAUCCAGCCCCAAUUCCGCUGGCAGGAGGAACACAUCCAGAUGUCUACCAAUGGCAGGCACUGUACCAAGCUCUGAACCAAGACCCUCGGCUCAGCAAUUCGUUGGCAGGAGCUAAUCCGGCUAUAUCACCGCCAUGCGGCUAUCCGUACAGCGGAGGCCAAUUCGCCAACCCUCCAGGAGGUUAUUAUGGAGCAUCACCGGCCGGCCCUUCUAGGCCCCUGGCGGCUUAUCCAGGUUCAAGCAAUGUUCCAAUAGGCCAAGCUGGUGGCAUGAUUGGAGGUACCACCCUUGCUGUGAAUGGGGACGGCAUAAAGGAGAUCCACCAAGUACAGGCACAAUCAAGUAACGGUCCACAUAGUGGUUCACAAGACCUGAGUGGAAGUGGGACACUUGGUGCCUCUCCAGGUCGUGUCCCAGGUGGUAUCCCUUCCCCUGAGGGAGGUGCCACCGGGUAUGAAGAGAGAUGGCUACUGCCGCUUGUGUGUACUUUGCAAGCGCAAGCAGUGCAUGUGAUCGGUCUCGUCAACAAAGAAGGUAAGAUGACUCUUCCUGCUCAGCAGAUCGAUGGUCUGGCAACCCCAGAACUGAUCUUACGUAAGGUAAAAGAAUUGUUCGCUGACCACUUUUCUUUCCGCAUCUGUCCGGAUGGUUUAAUGCCCAAAUUAGAUCUUGAUCUGCCAGGAGGAAAAAGGAUUCGCUACUCCAUACCCCUCAUCGCCGCUAGGUUUCAAGAUGAUCAGUGGCCUAACAUCAGUCGGGUAGGCUUGACUAGCGUCCAUAUCCAAGCUUUCACAGAUCCCUCGGUAGUGAUGUUGGCGCAAAUGGUAGUGGAUCCAGGAGUACCUGCGACGAUUCUAGAAGACCUGAAGAACACAUUGCCUCGCUGGCAAAAUUUCUCUUCGACACUAUUUGCUGAAUCACUGAGCGAACAGUGGCCAGACAACCUGGCAACAGGCAGCGAUGCAAGACCCGCUGACGCCUCCAACCGCAUCCAACCAUCAGGCGGUCUUCCAGGUUCGAAUGAAUAAGCUAAAAGUCGCUACAUGGAACGUGCAUGGCCUGGGUGACUCGGGUGGUAGGGAAAAAGGGAAGAGGUUGAAGUCUUGGUUGCAUGAGAAC